UGCCUUGUAUUUGCGCACAGCAUCUUCCACCCACCCACCCUGAUCCUGAAGCCGCGCACGCAUUAAGUGAAGAGAGGCGCGAAGGUUGCAGUGCAUGUUCCCAGAUAGGGCUACUCCUCCUUUCCUUCCUCACCCACCUGAGAGAGAGCAUCAGGGUCCUCGCAGCACACCACCGUCAAUCUCUUGCAAAGUAGCGCCCAGUAGCAGUUUGGCAAGAAGCCAGUUACUUUGGGAACCAACUCGAGGGAGGGGGCGAGCACGGCGCGUGUGACGGGCAGUUGACGUUUCCAACUGUCCUCUCCGGCAAUGGAAGAUGCACACUAUGGAUGUUUGUGUACGCGCUGGAGACGGCCGUUUUCUGUAUUUUAUUAACGACGGACACGCCUCAUCAGUUUCCUUGCAUCCCCACCGAACAUCAUGCGAGUAGGAGCGACGCACCCAAUGCCAUGCUGAGCAACUCCCCGAGUUUUCUGCUGGCCCUGACCACGGUAGCCGGACUACUCCAACGGUGCCACGGCUGGAGCGACGAGGACCUCCUGUUACCCCCCAUCAACUCCACCAACAGAUUCUUGGCCAACUUGGAGGUGGACGUGCGCUACUCGAAGAGGUCGGUGGAGGAGAGCGAAGCCUCCUCGUCAGAUACUUCAUUACAGCCGUUGCCACAGUGCAACGUCAGCGUGCAGAGACUUUUCCCCACCUCGCUGGUGGCUCGUUGGGACAGCAACUUCGGUUUCCAGUGCGAUGUGUUUAUAUAUACCGCCAAUAACCAUGGAAGGGCUUUUUUCUCUGCUGCUAUCAACAGAGCCAUCUCACCUGUUCUCAUCGAACACCUCGGAGUCACCGGCGGCCAGCAGGAGUUUAGAUUGUGUGUUGGAUGUGGCAUGUCACGAUACCGGCGAUUCGGCAAGUCAAAGGUUCAGCAGACGGGGGAUCCCAUCAAUUUCUGCUGUGUUGACUUCAGCCUUGACGAACUAAAUGGGGACAAAAGUUGGAGAUUGAACCGUAAACCCAUCGAGUCAACUCUAGUGGCUUGUUUCAUGACUCUAGUGAUAAUAGUGUGGAGUGUUGCUGCCCUCAUAUGGCCGGUGCCUAUCAUUGCAGGAUUUCUGCCCAACGGAAUGGAACAGAGACGGCCGAGAUAAAGAAUGAUCAAAUUCUGGAGAUAAGCCCCCAAGCCAAUAGGCUAGAAAUACUGUAGAAGACAUAUUUCAACGUUUUUUUUCACAUUCUACCCAUAUGAAAGAAUGUCCGUUUCCAAUUGUACUGUUUAGAAUGAAAGAGUGCAUUUAUGGUUUUGGUCUAUUUCCUAUUUAUAAGAAGACCAAUAGUUUUAAAGGUAGGCUGUUUUAUUGUAAAUCUAGCCUAUAGGUAGAAUGUGUUAACAACAUUUCACUGUAAACAGUGUUUGUAUGGUUUUAAAUAUUUGUAAGAUUAUUGCCUAUAGGCCUUUCAGUGGUGUAGUGGUGCCUGAAGAAGUGGGUAUACUCAAAUUUUGCAAAAAAUAUCCCAAACAGCCCGCCUGGCGAAGGAAAGGUGCCCUGUGUGAAAGUUAUACGAGAAACAGUGACAUACACUACCGUUCAAAAGUUUGGGGUCACUUAGAAAUGUCCUUGUUUUACAUUUACAUUUUAG